AUGUCAGCUCAACCGCAUCCCCUCAAUACCGAAGCUGACAGAUUACUCUUCGCUUACUGGGUUCCAAAUGUUUCAGGGGGCCUGAUCAUCAGCAAAAUCCCCCAGAAGACCAACUGGGAUCUAGCAAGCAACGUCAAGUACGCGAGGGCGGCGGAGAGGGCUGGCAUCGAAUACGGUCUGACCCAAAUUCGCUUCACUUCUGGAUAUGGCGCCGCAAACCAGCACGAAUCCGUAUCGUUCUCCCAGGCGAUCCUUCAGGCCACAGACACUAUCAAAGUAAUUGCCGCUAUCCUUCCCGGACCCUGGAAUCCAACGACGGUGGCGAAGCAGAUUGCUAGCAUCGACCACUACAGCAACGGCCGCAUCGCCGUGAACAUUGUCAGUGGCUGGUUCAAGGGCGAGUUCACAGCCAUCGGUGAGUGGUGGCUAGAGCACGCCGAGCGCUACCGCCGCAGCAACGAGUUCAUUCGCUGCCUAAAGGGUAUCUGGACCGCACCGGAUGACACUGGAUUCACUUUCGGCGGCGACUUCUACCGCUACCGGAACUACGUGCUCAACCCAAAGCCAGUACAGAAGCCGCACCCAGAGAUCUUCCAGGGUGGUAACAGCGACGAUGCUCGGAACAAUGGCGCCGAAGUCAGCGACUGGUACUUCAUGAACGGCAAUGACCUCGACGGGUUCCGCGCCCAGAUAGAGGAUGUCAAGGCUCGCGCCGCCAAAGUCGGUCGCGAAAAUGAGGUCCGCUUUGCCGUAAACGGCUUCGUCAUCGUACGCGAGACCGAGGAGGAGGCCGUCCGAGUGCUGCAAGAGAUCCAGGGUAAGGCUGAUAAAGAAGCCGUUAACGCCUUCCGCGACUCUGUUCAGCAGGCCGGGGCGAGCACCUCCAAUAUGAAAGGCAUGUGGGCCGACAGCAAGUUUGACGAUCUCGUGCAGUACAAUGACGGCUUCAAGACGAAGCUCAUUGGAACGAAGGAGCAGGUCGCCGAGCGUUUGGUCCUCUUGAAGAGUCUCGGGGUUCACCUUGUUUUGACAGCUUUCUUGCACUAUGAUGACGAGAUUGAAGAGUUCGGAAAGCAUGUUCUCCCGCUCGUUAGACAAUACGAAAAGGAGGGUCGGGGCAAGGACGUUAACUUCGAGAUCGAAAGGACUGGGGAUGUUUACAGGAAGAAGCAGUAA